CAAAUGUCCAGAGAAAACCCCAAUAGGCUUCAUUUCAAUCCCCGAUUCGUCUGAAAAUUCCGAUUCUUAAUUUUAAGUCCAUAUCCCCAGAUUCCGGAUGGAGAUAAUAUCAAGUCGUCUCGCUUUAGCGGCGGUUCAGCCUCACUUCGAAUUUCCCGUCGGUCUGACGAUGUUAGAAUUACUGGUCAAGCCGGUGCGAAUGCCAAGCCUUUCUUUGACUAUAAGUACAAAAGUACCUGACACUCGAGGUGGAUCGUUCUGCUUAUAUCUGCUCAUUCUUUCUCAUCUUCCAAUUGUUAUAUUUUUCUUGGCUCGUCGAAAUGAGGAGCUCUUUUCUUUGUCUCAGCCUUUUGGCAGACUUAGCCACUUUUGCCUUGGGCGCAACGGUUGUCUUCCCUGUCAAGUUGACAUGGGAGAAGGGUGCUCCAGAUGGAUUCGAACGAGACAUGAUACUUAUAAAUGGUCAAUUUCCUGGGCCAGCGUUGAAUAUCAACGAGGGAGAUAAUGUAGAAUUUGUUGUGACCAACCAAUUGCCAUACGGAACAACAAUCCACUUUCAUGGCGUUGAGCAAUACAACACUCCUUGGUCAGAUGGUGUUCCUGGACUUUCUCAAACACACAUCCAACCUGGAAACACUUUCACUUACAAAUGGACCGCUACUCAAUAUGGCACGUAUUGGUAUCAUGGUCACACACAAGGACAACUGGAAGAUGGGCUCUUUGGCGCUAUCCAUAUUCAACCCAAGAGCGGCACUCCAACUCCUUUCACGAUGAUUUCAAAUGAUUCCAAUACACUUCGUCAACUCAACGAACAAGUGAACAACCCUCAAAUCGUGAUGCUCUCCGAUUGGAGUCACUUCACUAGUCAAGAGUUACAUGAUGUCAGCAUUGCUGCCGGCAUUGAUCCUCUGUGUGGAGAUUCGAUUCUGAUCAAUGGCAAAGGAAACGUCAAUUGCCCUGGUGUGCCCUUCCUCAUGAGUUUGGUUCCACCAACCAUUACGCCAUUGCUCAUGGGACAGAACCUUACCGACAAAGGAUGUCUUCCUCUCACAAACAACCUUGCCCAGACAUCGUAUCCUCAUAACUUGAGUGCAGUGCCACCAGGAGUCUUCUCUGGCUGCAAUGCCACAACCUCGGCGGGCGCUACAAUUGAGGUGGAUCCACACAACGGCUGGGUCAGCUUGAACUUCAUUAGUACUGCCAGUAUUCAAGAGAUGGUUGUCUCGAUCGAUGACCACCCAAUGUGGCUAUACGCUGUUGAUGGUCGUUACGUGGAACCUCAAAAAGUGGAUGCCAUCACUUUCUCCCACGGUAGUCGUUAUGCCGUCAUGGUGCAACUGUCUCAGCCAUCCCAAAACUACAUACUUCGUGUAGCUGGCGACGGCCUCAACCAGAAAAUCUACGGUCAAGCAGUCUUCCAUUACAUCGGGGGCAAAAACAUCAAUACACCCCAUCCAUCAAUCAACUAUGCCGGGACCGGCACAGCAUCUAAUGUAACCUUCCUGAACGACCUAAACACCGUCCCCUUCCCCUCUAUCACCCCCUCCCAAACUGUCGACCAAACCUACCUCCUGCUCCUAAACCGCACCGGCGCCGCCUGGCAAUGGUCCAUCAACGACAACACGCCCUUCAACGACAGUCUCGAAGACAUCACCCCCCUCCUCUGGAACCCCAACACCCUAGCCAACACUCCCCUCGCUAUAACCACCAAGAACAACACCUGGGUCGACCUCAUCCUCACGGCCUCCAUCUCCGGCGGUCUCCAGCCCCGCCACCCCAUCCACAAGCACUCGAACAAAGCCUUCAUCAUCGGGUACGGCACGGGCGAAUUCCCGUACUCAACCACAGCUGAAGCGAUGAAAGCCAUACCCGGGAAUUUCAAUCUCGAGAAUCCAGCGUAUAGAGAUGGGUUCUAUACGCUGCCUAUCGCGACGAGUAGUACGUGGAUGGUUGUGCGGUAUUUUGUGCAGAAUCCGGGGGCGUUUUUGUUGCAUUGUCAUAUUAAUCCGCAUUUGACGGGCGGGAUGGGGAUUGCCAUUUUGGAUGGGAUUGAUAAGUGGCCGACGGUACCAGCGGCAUAUGGGCCGGGUGGGAAUGGGAGCUAGAGGUUUGCGGAAUAUAUUGGGCG